CCAGCGGUGCCAGUUCCUAUGCCAACACAGAUGAGAAGCUCUACUCCUUCUGUGCCCAGUGUAUCACCAACAGCAGCAGUACAGCCAUCAACUGUUUCAGCGCCAGCGGUGCCAGUUCCUGUGCCAGCACAGAUGAGAAGCUCUACUCCUUCUGUGCCUAGCGUAUCACCAGCAGCAGCAGUACAGCCAUCAACUGGUUCGGCGCCAGCGGUGCCAGUUCCUAUGCCAACACAGAUGAGAAGCUCUACUCCUUCUGUGCCUAGUGUAUCACCAGCAGCACCAGUACAGCCAUCAACUAGUUCGGCGCCAGCGGUGCCAGUUCCCGUGCCAGUACAAGUGUCACAACCGUUGUCAUUUACGACUUUUGAAUCUGUCCCAAUUUCCACGAUGACUGGUACUGCUUUGACUCCUCAAGCAACUGUUGUUUCUACUGUUAAUGCUACCUCUGUUUUGGGUGGAAUUUCGUCAAUUCCAACUCCAGUACCUGUAUCUGUUUGUGAUUAUAAGAAUGAGGAUUCUAGACCUCAGGUGCAAAUGUGGGGCUCGGUCCCAAUGCCAGUACCGGUGGCAGCGCCUGUUCCAGUUGCCUCUACCACAUCAGGUACGCACGCAAAGGAAAAGAAAAAGAGGGAGCACAAAGAGCAUAAGCACAGAGAACAUAAGCACAAAUGA